GAUCCCGCUCAUCACUCGAUCAAAUGUACAAGUUUGCAGCAAGCUAGCUAAUGUGGAACGGAAGUACCCAUAUAAAUCUAUACGGGGGUUUUAAUACAAGGUUAAAAUGACUAUGAUAGACAAAACUGUGUUUUAAGUUAGUGACUUGUCUGACUUCUAAAAUUAGAGCUACUUAUGUACUGUAACUAGCCUAGGCUAAGACGUUGGCUAGCUAGCAAGUUGGACAACUGAAUAGGCCUGUUGUACUGAUAGCUAACGUCACCUAGCUAUGCUAUUCAUUAGUGAAUACUUAUCUGUAGUAGUACUAGAAUGUAAAUACCCCAACUGGUUUCAUUUAUUGAUUAGAUUUCAUUGACUGACUGAAGACACUGACUGGAGACAAUGAAAAGAUAUGAAAACCAGACCAGACCCACUGCAGGGUGUCUCUCCGUGCCGCUGUUUAACCAGAAGAAAAGAAGCAGAUUACCCUUGACAUCUAAUCCCACAGAGAAUGAAUUCUUCCCCAGCAAUGAAUACAUGCCCUCUCAGGGACCUGCUUCAUCAAACACGAGUUACACUAGACAUGCCCAAAAUCAGGCUCAUCAUGCUCCUGCUGUUCAGAAUAGUCAGUGGAACAGACCAGAUAACCCCCAGCCUCACCAGCUCUCCCAGGUCCACUGUAGCAGGCCUGCACCUGGCCCCAUGGGGAGAGGCUGUGCCCCCCUGCCUCAUCCAUACAAACCUGCCAACACAGGGUACAGCAGUUCACAGACCGCUCAGCAGAACAUAACAGCGAGCCAGGAUUUUCGAGUCCCCAGCAACCCCAGGCAGAGCAGCCACGCCAACCCUCGCGGCGGUGGGCACGCACAUAGCAUCCCUGCACCCGCCACGGGCUACUCUCACAGGGGUCAGCCGUCAGCACACACACAGGCCACCCCACCCCGACCCCUUCAGCCUCAUCAGGCCCCGACCCCUCCACCAAGCCGACCCGUCCCUGCACCUCAGACAUCAGACCAUCAGACGUGGCGGGUCAAAACCACCAGCAGCGCUGGACCACUGAGACAGCCUGCUGGCAAUAACAACAUUUACAACACCAAGCCUGCUUCUCAAACUCAGACGACAUCUGCAUUACAGGUCAAACCAGUGGCGGAGAGCUCCCUAAGAAUCCUGACUGCUGUCAUAGCUGGGAUGAGACACUGGAGUCAGUUCAAGGACAAAGCUCCUGCCCUGUUUGAAAUCUACGCAACUCUCGAUUCCGCGGUCACGGUGGGAUCCCUUGGGGCCAAGAACUUCCUCAUGAGAGAUGGCAAAGAGGUCUUGCGAUGUGUCUUCUACGAGAAUGAACUGGAGCUGCCCAGGCUGAUCCGGGGCCAGGUGCACCGCUGCGUGGGGAACUACGACAGCGGGAGGGACGUCCUCACCUGCGUGUCCGUCAGGGCCGCUCUGCCCUCGGAGCAGAGGAACGCUCGGGAGGCGGUGAGAGCUUCCGACGCAGAGAUGAGGGGGCUGGUCAAGUCUCUCAGUGAAGUCUGAUAGGUCAGGAAGUGUUGUUAAUACCGUGAUGUGUUGGAGGAACGCAGGGUCAUUGCUCUUAUGAGGAGCAUGUGUGUUUGUGACGUUACAUUUUUUGCUGUUUCGGCUUACAGGAUUCAAAGUUGAUGUUUCGUUUUCUUAUUCUAAUGUGAAACUGUUAAUGUUAACAAUAAACGGUGUGCUUGUGUUACUUCGACAA